AUGGCGAGCUGGGUGGCGGGUGUGGACCGGCAGCAGCGGAGCGGCGAGGGGACUUUGGGACUCCCUUUGAGACGCUCCCACCCGCAAAAUGCUGUAGCGGCUAAAGCGAGUGUCCUGGCUGCCUAUUCCCCCACCGAAUUCCGGUGUUCGGGAGCUGCGCGGCGGUGGAGACCUGGGUCCCGCCCCGGUCCGCGGGAGGAGGCGCAGCGCUGCAGCUUUGGGUCGGGUCCCUGGCCGGGUGCAGCUUCCCUCCGCCUCCUUCCCAGGGUGGCAGCGGGAGAGGGGGAGGGAGACGAGGGGAGGGGCCGGGGCGGGGCCACGGUGCUGGUGGCCAGGCGGCGGCAGGUGUGGAUGGGCGGAGGUACGGCAGAGUCGACUCACGCCGGCUCCUGCUGGUGGCUGGGGUUCGAGGCUCCGGGCUUCGGGGCUAGGGGCCAGGGGAGGCUUCCCCGGAGGAGCAUAGCGAGCAGCUUAGACCUGCGCCCAACUUGGGGCACGGCCAGGGACGCGCAGGUUUCACGUCCGGCGCCUGCAGGAGACAGACGCACGUCCGCGGUCACUGCGCCCGCGCCGGCUAGGGGACCGCGCCUGGUCCCGGGCCGGAUCCCAGAGGAGGCGGCUAGGACUGGGGCUGGGGCGGGAUGCGCCCCCUGCCUGGGUGCGGGGCAGAGGCCGGUGCCGCCUCCGCUUUCCUACCGGGACCCGCAGGUGGAAGGGGCGAUCUCGGAAAAGGAAAACACCACUGAGGCCUCGUAUUGCUCCUGUAACUUGGAACUGGAGAGGAGGCAAGAUGCUGGCAUAGCUGUUGAGCUGAGAACCUGCUAUGCCAACAUAUUGCCAUCUUUCCUGUCUGACGGCAGCCUGGCCUCCUGUACGCCAUCCCUCCACGUCUUGCUGCGGAUACAUGCCCUUCCAUGGAUGUGGGUUUUCAUGACAUGCCUGCCUUCCUGCUCUGCACUACAACGCUCACCCCGUCUAGCCACAUUGGCCUUUUCUCGCUGUUCUUGGAUUACACCGAGGAUGUUCCUGCCUCGUAGUUUGCCUGCCUUUCUCUCAUCGUUGGAGUCUCAGCAGGGAUAUCACAUCCUCAGAAAAACCUUCCUUAACUGCACUGUCUGUUUCAGCUGUCAUGUACCCCAUCAUCCUUCAUCCCAUUACACUGCUGUAUCUUCAGAAUCCUUGGUCACUCGCUGAACGUGUCUGUCCACUUGUUUGCUGUCUUGUUUCUUGUACUAGAAUAUGAAUUCCUUGAGUUUAGGGUUUGUCUAUUGAACCACUGUAUCCCCAGAGCCUGACACCCAGUAAACCUUCAGUUCAUGUGUUUGAAACUCCAGGCCAAACUUUAUUCCAUAAGAGGAGUCAAAUAGUUACAUUUUUCAUGUUACCAGUGGCUUUGAUGAAACCCUGACUCAUGGGUAACAAAGAAGUAAACUGUAAAGUAAGAUGUUACUCUUGGCCAGCAAGCCGAACACUUUAAAGCAGUCAAAAUAAAUGCCUCAUGGGGUCCAUGAACCCAAAGCAGUCAACAUAUUAUAGUGGAAAAGUCUUCAAAAUAAAACUUCUGUUCCAGUCUUCCCGCUGGUGUUCCCUGAAGGUCUUCAGACAAGUCUUAGCCUCUGAACCACCAUUUUCUCAGUUGUUAAAUGAAGAUAUUAAUACCAACACCACAUGAUUCUUGAGGCAAGAGGUAUUUUAACCAGAGGAUUUUACCUUGCAUCUAAACGCAUGUCUAUAAAAUUUCUGAUAUAUGUGCACUCAUAAACAUUCCACAAAUAUUAAGUAUUUUAGUACCAAGAAAAAUUUUUUUCUUUGGUUAGAAACAGGUAAUCUUAAGUGGAAAUACAUGUCCAAACUGUAGAACAUGUAGAAUUCUGUAUGUGAGACCAAGAAAUCUAGAGAGACCAUGGAGUUGAGAAGGAUCUCAAAUUCUUCUCCUGGUUAGUUCACACUCCUCACCUUCUUUAUUUCUAAGGUUAUUCACUGUCUAUAGACUUCUGACCUUUCUUACAGAGUAAGAAUGCUUAAUAAAUACUAUUUGAUAUUCAUGUUUUUAGAUACUGAGAUUUUUAUUAAAAACUGCUUUUAACAGACUAAAUUUUUUAAAUUAAUUUUGAUACUUUUCUUAGAAACAAAAUAACAAUCACGCUUGUCAACUAACAUUAUUUAUUGUUACCCUGGGUGUUAGAACUAUAACAUCCAGAAAGUGCUGGUUAUACCUUUAUUUCCUGCUUCUGAGAGUACAUCAAGCAAAACUGUUCAUUUAACAAAAUUGUAUAGCACAACACUGUGGCAAUUUUAGUCUAUAACUUUUGUAUUAUGUUUUUACAAGCUUAAUUAUUUUAAACACAUCAUUUAAAACUCAAUAUGACAAUAAAGUACCUUAAGCAAUGUGAGGUACUUUUUCUAAUCUGAAGUUUCUAUAUCGUUUCUUUUAGUGACUUGUGUAUUCAUCACCUUGUUUCAUCCCUUCAAUUCUUAAAGCUAUUGGUCAGAAAUGAAUAUGUAGACAGCCUCUAGCCCUGGAAGACCAUUGUACGAGCCCAUGUUACCCAUAACUUUGAAGAACCCACUGGAAAUUGACAGCCAUAUAACCUUGUUCAUUUCUAUCUUGAGUGUGAAAAUAUUUUGUUGAGGGAAUCAAUAGGCUAGUUAAUACAGCUUCUUGUUAUUUAUUUAUUUAUUUAUUUUCCCUAUAACUUAGUUUAUAAAAUUUGCUUCAUGAGUUUGAGCUUCUUUUGCCUUCUUCAGAGUUCCUUCCUCUUCAUCAGUUGUAGUCAUAUCCACUGCUCCCCUGACCUCAGUGCAGUUGAGCUGAAUUCCAAGAAUGGAAAUGAACUUUGAGCUCACUUAAACCAACCUUCCACAUCUGAAUAUGUUUUACUGUAAUUGCUAAACACCUGAACGUUCUUUUAUUCCCCAGGUAAACAGUCACGAGAGGGGAGAAUUAGGACAUAGAAGCAUCAUAGUGAAAAGCUGAGAAAUAAACAUUCUAAAGUAUCCAAUAUCGUUUUUAUAUCAGUGGUUUUACAUUUUAGUGUAAGAGCUGGAGAGUGUGUUUAAAAACACAGACUCCCAAACCAUCCUGUAGACAUUCAGAUUUAAUAGGUCUUGAUUGAAAUUCAAGAAUCUUCAUUUCUAAUGAGCACCCUAUUGAUGUUGAUUCAGUUUGGGAAUGUACUAUACUUUGUCUCAAGACUUAAGUCAGAGGGCAGGUUUUAAACAUUCUUGGGCAAUUCUCAAUAUGGAACUUGGGCCUGGUGGUGAAAGGAGCCUGCUUUCUCACUGUGCCUGGGUUUAUGGAAAACUGGAUCAAUGUUAUAUAGCUGUGCUUUAUGCUCUGAGGUUUCUUACAUAAACAGCCCACAUUAACUACACAUAGGAGCAUUGCACCAGGGACUACCCAUGUGCUUCUGCAGGGUUGUUUUUAACUUCAAUCAUCUUUUCUUCACUGGUUCACAUUACAGUUUCCAAGAUGUUUUAUUUUCUUUCCUGAUUGACAGGAUAUUGACCCAAAGUCUUUACCUCUAAAUAUUCUCCCUUCUGUAGGAUUUCUGUCAAAUCGUAAAUGAUAUAUGAACUCCUUGGGACUACAGACUAGGUCUAGGUCUAAUUAUGCAGAAGGAGAAUUUUCAAGAUUUAUAGAACUCUUUCAGUCGCAAAUCUUUCUGUAAACUAAAGAAUCAUAUCUUAAUUGACUUAUUACUUAGGUUUAGAUUUUUGUGGAUUCUUUUAAAAAUUGGGACAUCUUUCCUUUGUGAGGCAGUGUGGUAUAGUAGAAAGAGCUUCAGAAUGAAAUGCAAAAAGUUCUGGCUUCUUGUCCUAGUCCUGUCAUUUUCCAGCCAUGCAUGUGACUUUGCCUGCGGUUAAUCAUUUUUCUUAGUAGUAAAUUGGGGGUAAUAGUAGGAGAGAAUGAUAGAAAGAAAAGAGAAAAGAGAAAUAACAGCUGUGAAAACUAAACAUGGGCAUAUUGGAAUAUAAUCUACAAAAAGAACAGCUGAGGGUUUGAGUAGUAAUUAAUUUUUUUUCAGCGUUUUAUUGCUUUGUGUUGAUAUUGUCUAAUUUGAGCAUAAGAAAAAAGUAGAGUUCCAGAUAGAAAGCAGAUAACUUUUUUCUCAUCCAACCUGAACCACUCAUUUUCAAACUCGUUCCUGUCCUUGAAAAGAAAACUAGUUAGCUUUAUCUUGAGGGAACAUCCUGCUUCUCUUCUGCUGUAUAAAAGAUUGAUAAUGAUUCUGUGACUCAAAUACUUGCUUUCUCAUUGGCUUAAUAUGUGAUUCAAAUUGGAUAAGUUAUAUUAAACUGCUUUGAAAAAUGGUAAGAAGCUCUGCAAAUAGAAUGUUCCAAGAUAUUGUUUAUAAAUCUUUUCUUCCUUUACCCCUAUGAAAGUUUAUUUUUGAAAUGAUUGAGAUUUUAAUAAAUUUAAAACAUUUUCUUCUAAGCCUGGCUAUAAUGGUUUCAUCUGUAGGAUUUUAAUUGUUUACCAUUAUGUUUGUAGUAGCUAGUCCACAGGAGAUUUU